AUGGUAACGAACGGAGCACCUCGAGCGAAGUUUCCCAGUACCGAGACUUUUUAUGGCUUCAAUAAACCAUCUCGCCUCGAAGGUGACGUCUUUGACUGCGAGGUAGAUGGAGAUAUUCCUACCGAUAUCGAUGGCACUUUUUACCGCGUGCAGCCAGACCAUCGCUUCCCUCCAAUGUUUUCUGAUGAUAUCCAUUUCAAUGGCGACGGAAGUGUGAGCGCAGUUCGCAUCGCCAACGGUCGAGUAGACUUCAAGCACCGCUAUGUCCACACCGACCGCUACAAAGUCGAAAGCGCGGAAAGAAAAUCACUUUUUGGCAAGUACCGGAAUCCAUUUACAGAUCAUCCAUCUGUAGAAGCGGUCAUCCGGACAGCAGCCAAUACAAACGUUUUCUUCUGGAGAGGUGCACUACUUGCCACAAAGGAAGACGGUCCACCAUUCGCAAUGGACCCAGUUUCCUUGGAGACAAUCGGGCGUUAUGACUUUGACGGUCAAGUGUUAUCACCCACCUUUACUGCGCACCCAAAAUUCGAUCCAGUCACAGGAGAAAUGGUCUGCUUUGGCUAUGAGGCCGGUGGGAAUGGAAAUGACGGAUCUUGUGAUAUUGUGGUAUACACCAUUGAUCCCAACGGUAAAAAGACCGAAGAGGCUUGGUAUGAAGCACCUUUUUGCGGCAUGAUCCAUGAUUGCGGGUUAUCCGAGAACUACUUGGUUCUACCUAUGACCCCUCUGAAGUCCUCCCUCGAUCGUAUGAAGGAAGGAGGACGACACUGGGCAUGGGACCCCAAGGAGGAUCAGCUUUACGGCAUCGUACCUAGAAGAGGUGGAAAGCCGGAAGAUAUUGCAUGGCUCAGAGCAGACAAUGUGGCAGAGAGGAACAAAACACCUAAUCAGACCGUUCGCUGGGUCUUCGAUCCCAAAUCGAAGACUGACACGCGUGUCACUCCGUUUGAGAUCAUGAACACCGUCAACGGUGAAUUUUCACGCAUUGAUGACCGCUUCGUUACGAAGGAAUAUCAGCAUUUUUGGCAGGCAUUGAUCGAUCCAAGUCGGCCGUAUGACUUUGAAAAGUGCGGGUCACCCGCAGGAGGUCUAUUCAACUGCCUAGGUCAUUUCACCUGGGAUAAGAAGGUGAGGGAUAUAUACUGGGCAGGCCCAACAGCUACCUUCCAAGAACCCACUUUCAUUCCGAAAGAUAGCGGGAUCGAAGGUGACGGAUAUAUCAUCGCGUUUCUUAAUCACCUUGAUGUCUUACGAAACGACAUUGUGAUUCUGGACGCCCAAAAUCUGAAGGAUGGCCCCAUUGCCACUAUUCGUCUACCUUUCAAGUUACGCCUGGGGCUUCAUGGAAACUUUGUCGAUCACAAAGACAUAACAGCUUGGCAAAAGCGAAGAGAAGAAGGGGGUGAAGUUGGACCAGUGCGUGCGGCAACCGAGCCGCUCCCAUGGCAGAAACAGCUUGUCUCACAGUAA